AUGACUAAUGGACAACCAAACCAUCGUAAUCAUGCUUCUAGCUCGAGCGGAUCUACUAAAGCUGAAAAACGAAAAGAGUAUCACAAAAGAUACUAUGCUGCACGCAAAGAAAAUAACAAAGUAUCUAAAUUUGAGAGUGGUGAUGCCUCCCAAAAUGCUUCAUCAAUAUCUUUAAUGAGUAAUAGGUCAACAGAAAGGACGCCGUUAAGAAGUUUACAAACUAAUAUUACUCAAUUUACAAAAACAACAAAUGAGAACGCCUCAAGUGUUUCUACUAUAAAACGCAAGGAUCAAGUCAACCAAACCCCGAUAGACGAUGUUACGCCGACAACCACAUUCCCAUCUGUAAUUGACGUAGUCAGGCAUAGAACAUCACGAGGUAUUCGAAUUCAUCCGCGUACUUUAUUACCCCAAUUUGCUGAAGUAAUUGAUCAACCUUCCUUCCAAGAUGGGAGCGUGCAAGAUGAUCCUUAUAAUUUUGUUUACAAUGGUGUACUUGGAGAGCAUCGUGUUUUAAAGGAACGAGGUGCAUGUCCUAAUUGUGGAGCAAAACGAUUUCAGUAUGAAUUUGAUACCUUUUGUUGUAUGAGUGGGAAAACUGUGUUAGCAAACUUAGAAAUUCCAGAGGAAUUGUACCGACUUUUCACGUCUCAAGAUGAAAUUGGAGAUAUGUUUAGGCAAAACAUACGUGCUUAUAACACCAAUUUUUCUUUUGCCUCAAUGGGUGUGACAUUGGAUGAUACAUUGAACAAUAUGAGAGACGGCGUAUAUACUUUUCGUGCACAUAAAGGAAUAUAUCACAGAAUCGACCAAUUAGUUCCGAGGGAUGGGACCCCUAGGUACUUGCAGUUGUAUUUUUACGAUCCUGAUACUGAGUUAGAUCACAGACUCCGAUGGCCAAAUCUUGAUCGGCGUAUUACUCAGAUUUUAACACGUGUUCUUUCUACAAACCCAUAUGUCGAUACAUUUAGAAGACUUGCGGAACUAGGACCUCUGGACAACUAUAGAGUCACUUUGAAUACUUCAGUUGAACUUGACCAAAAGGUGUACAACCGACCAACGACAUCGGAGGUUGCUGGUAUUUGGGUUGAAGGUAAUGACAAUAUCACUUCGUAUAAACGAAGUAUUGUUGUGUACGGUAGGUCUGAAUAUAGUCAAACUAUUCAGCCUUACUUCAGUUGUUACGAUCCAUUGUCGUAUCCUCUAUUUUUUCCUAAUGGUGAGUCGGGUUGGCAUGGUAACAUACCACGUCACGGAGUAUCAAUCAAUGAGGUUCGCAACAAUGACAACAUCGAAGGAGAAAUGGAAGAGGCAAACACACGAAGUGGUAGAACAACCGUGGCUAUGCGAGAGUACUACUGUUACAAGUUCCAGAUUCGAUCUACCGAUAAUGUGCUUUUGUUCGGUGGUAGGCUGCUACAGCAGUUUGUGGUUGAUGUUUACAUCAAAAUUGAGACGUCACGCUUAGAAUUUUGUGAGAGAAACCAGGCUAAGAUUCGGGCCGAAUUGUACCAAGGUAUUGUGGAUUGCGUCAAUACUGGUGAGGUUCAUGCAAACAGAGUCGGGAAAAGAAUUGUGUUGCCUGCAUCUUUCAUCGGGGGGCCUCGCGACAUGCGACGUCGGUUUCUAGAUGCGAUGACGUUAGUUCAAGAUGACGGCAAGCCUGAUGUAUUCCUUACAAUGACAUGUAAUCCUAAGUGGCCUGAGAUAUGUGAUAACUUACAUGUUGGUCAAACUGCUACAGAUCGUCCAGACCUUGUUUCAAGAGUGUUCCGGGCUAAAUUAGAAGAUCUUAAGGAUCAACUCUUCAAGAAACAUGUCCUUGGGGAAGUUAAGGCAUACGUCUAUGUCAUUGAAUUUCAAAAGCGGGGUUUGCCGCACGCACAUUUUCUCCUAAUCAUGUACCCGCAACGCAAGAUCAAUAACGCGGACCAUUAUGAUAAGGUUGUGUGUGCUGAAAUUCCUAGCAAACUAACACAUCCCAGAUUGCAUGAGAUGGUUGUCAAGCACAUGAUUCACGGUCCUUGCGGCAAUUUACAAUCAAGCAGUCCUUGUAUGCAGGGUGAUCCUAAAAUUUGUCGUUUUCACUAUCCUAGACAAUUUAACGAACAGACGACACAAGGAGAAGAUACGUAUCCGUUAUAUCGAAGGAGAGACACCGGGAUAGAAGUGGACCUACGAGGACAAACACUUGAUAAUAGAUGGGUGGUCCCAUAUAACCCAAGGCUUUUGAUGAUGUUUAACUGCCACAUGAAUGUUGAAGUUUGCUCAAGUAUAAAAUAUGUGAAAUAUCUUUUCAAAUAUGUUUAUAAAGGACAUGACAAACAGGUUAUUCAAGUCGAUCAAAGUGAGCCAGGGGUUGUUAUUAAUGAGAUAAAAAGAUUUCAAGAUGCACGCUACAUAUCGCCCCCAGAGGCUAUGUGGUGCAUUUUUUCCUUCUCUCUUUCUCAAAUCUUUCCUGCUGUUCUAGCCUUACAACUUCAUCUCCCAAAUAAUCAGAUGGUUAGAUUUAGAGAUGAUGACUUGAUGCCCAAUAUUGUUGAUAGGGAAAGGGAUAAGAGAACCAUGCUAACAGCAUUUUUUGAGAUAAAUAGAAACGAUGAAACAGCAAGGGUACAUUUGUAUAAAGAUUUUCCAAAGCACUUUACGUGGAAUGGAAGCACACGCCGUUGGAGUCGUCGUUUCGGUAAAAAACAAAGAGGUCGUAUCGUUUCCGCUAAUCCAGCCGAAGGAGAAAGGUACUACUUACGCCUACUUUUGUCAAAUGUCAGAGGGCCUACUUCUUUUGAACAUCUUUGCACAGUUAAUGGUCAACGGUGUGCGACAUUUCGGAAAGCAGCUCUUGAGUUAGGCUUAAUAGAAGACGAUGAAUAUCUAUCACAAUGUCUCGAAGAAGCCUCUACGUUUCAGUUUCCCAAUGCUCUUAGAAGUAUAGAACGAGUUCAAAAUAUGGUUCUUACCGAAAUUAGUGUCUUGGUACGAUCCAUGGGUAAAAAUUUCAAUGAGUUCGACCUUCCUAAGAUAACAGACGAUGUUAACUUACAAGAUGCAGGUUAUCGUGAGUUACAAGAAGAGUAUGGGAUUGUUUUGGAACCUGAACACUUGAGUGCCAAAGAUUCACUUAAUCCGGACCAAAAAAACGUGUUCGAUGAGAUCAUGAUGCAUGUUGAUAAUGAUCUUCCAGGCGUGUUCUUUAUUGAUGGUCCAGGUGGAACUGGAAAAACAUUUUUGUACAUUGCCUUGCUUACUGAAAUUCGGUCACGUGGUCUUAUUGCUCUCGCAACAGCUUCAUCAGGUGCAGCGGCUAAUAAUAUGCCAGGAGGUAGAACGGCUCACUCGAGAUUCAAGAUUCCUCUUAAUCUUGAAAAUAAUUCAAUGUGCAAUAUCAAAAAAACAGAGUGGGGCCGCUAA